GCGUGGUUGCCAUGGCAGCGAGGAGUCUAGCGCCCCAGCUCCCGGCUGUCUAGCUGGCUGUGGACCUAGACCACCGAGCCCCGCGCUGGGGCGGCUGGGCAGCGGCCAUGAGUCUGGGAACGGCCUCGGAGACGGGAGAUGACAGUCUGUCUGCAAUCACCUUUGACUCUGACUUGGAGCCGAAGACAAAACGGAAAGGUUCCCACAGACCUCCUCCCACAUCACCAAAGUCACCUUAUUACUCUAAGCCAAGGAAAGUGACAUCCUGGAGAUCUGCAAGGACCUCGGGGAGCAUGCCUCUGAGCAGUAGGAUGUCCCUAACCCCACAGAAGCUGUGGCUGGGAACUUCAAAGCAAGGUCACAUCCCUGGGACUACUGUAUACAGAGAGAAAGAAGACAUGUAUGAUGAGAUUAUCGAGUUGAAGAAGUCAUUACACACACAGAAAAGUGACGUGGACCUGAUGAGAACAAAACUCCGGCGCAUGGAGGAGGAGAAUAACAGAAAAGACCGGCAGAUAGAACAGCUCUUGGAUCCAGGACGAGGCCCAGACUUUAUUCGCACACUGGCAGAGAAAAGACCUGACACCGGUUGGGUCAUCAAUGGGCUGAGACAGAGGAUCUUCCGGCUGGAGCAGCAAUGCAAGGAGAAGGACAGUGCCAUCAACAAACUGCAGAUGGACAUGAAGACCACCAACCUGGAGGAGAUGAGGAUUGCCAUGGAGACCUACUAUGAGGAGAUCCAUCGUCUCCAGACUCUCUUGGCAAGUUCUGAAAGCACAGGAAAGAAGUAUGCUGUUUGGCCUCUGGUGGAGAAGAAGGUGGGUGUGAAGAGGCAGAAGAAGAUGAGCAGUGCCCUCCUGAACCUGUCCCGGAGCAUUCAGGAGCUGACUGAAGAGAACCAGAGCUUGAAGGAGGACCUAGACCGCGUGCUCAGCAACUCCCCAACCAUCACCAGAGUGAAGGGUUACAUGGACUGGAGCAAGCCUCGGCUGCUGAGACGCAUUGCAGAGCUAGAAAAGAAACUAAAUUCGAUGGAGAGCUCAAAACUGAAUGCUUCAGAGCUGGCCAAGUCGAAUCCCAACAGCAUGGCACCCAAGCAGCUGGGAUGGGACAGGCAGGAGGAACAAGAGCACCUUCGGGGGACAGUGAAGAGCCUGAGGGGAGAGCGGAACGAGCUAGAGGCCCAGCUGCUAGAAAAAGAUAAGGAAGUGAGGCAGCUGCUGCAGGCCAAGGCUGAGCUGGAGAAGGAGCUGGAGAAUGCAAGGGAAGGGCAGAAGCAGCAGCAGGAGCAAGAGUGGGCCUUGAAAGAAGAAAUCCAAACACUUAAGAGCAAGUGCCAAGAGCUGGAAGAAUCCAAGAAAGAAGAGAAAAGUGCAGUCAGUUGUCCCUUAGAGAUGACACAUGAGGCCAGCAGAGCACCCUGCACGACCCCUCCAGGCAGCACAGCCUCGCAGCGAGACUCUGAUUCUGAGGAGGAAGGCACCUCCUGGCCUCCCACCUGCACUGAUGGGAGGAGAGAGGCAGCUGCCAGGACCCUGCAGGCCCGGUGGAAGGCCCGGGCACACACGAAAAAAAAGGCUGCCCUGGAUGAGGUGGCUGUCGUGCUCCAGGCAGCUUUCAGGGGACAUCUAACACGAGCCAAGCUGUUAUCAAGCAAAACACGUGGUCCAGAACUGCCCGACCAGCCAAGCUGUGCAGACCAGAGCUCCCCCAUGCCGCGUGUCCUAAGUCCUGUCACCCAGUCCGUGGGCAGCCCAGAGCAGGAGGAAGCCAUCACCAUCAUCCAGUCUGUCCUCCGGGGGCACAUGGCCAGAGCCAGGCACAGAACCACUGGCACCAUGUCCUGGAGAGCAGCUGCAGCCACACCGCCUGAAACCUCCCCACCCUGCCUCGAAGCUUCUGCCGGUAAGGAGGACAGCGAAGCCAGUGAUGGGAUGGCUGCAGAGGACGAGCCAGGGAAUCCAGCCAGCCUGCAGUCCCAUUCCGCAGAGCCCUGUCUCCCAGAGCUGCAUCCCACAGGGCCACAGUCUGUGGAUGAUGUCUACUCCGAUGACUCUGAUGACGUUGUCAUCAUGCCAUCUCUGCCCAUGAAGAAGAACCCCUCCCCAUUCUAGCCCCCGAUCAUCGUCUGCAUGUGAUGAUGGUCACCAGGGUGAAGGGACAAAGCUCAAGAGGACAAGACCAAAACUGGGACCCUCGUGUCUCUUGUGGGGGAAGAACUAUCCCUCCUAAACACCUUGGCUUUGCUUUGUUGUCCCCUGAGGAAUCCUGGUGACCUUAUUUCACCCUCCUGGAGAGGCCACUCUCUUGCAUCACUCUAUCUCCAGCCCAUGUGGUGGCUUUCAGGGACAACAAGCACAUCUGGCACAACCCAGGGACACCCACAGAGCUCUACACCACAUGCUCUUCCAGCGGUGUACCACUUGACCUUGACCCUUGAGGAGCUGUCUUUUUCAGGAGCCAGCAGGACACCACUUCUCCUUACUCUGUGACACCAUAGCCAUCCCAGGCCUGGCCUCACCCGCUGGCCUGGCAGAAGCACAGUGUCUCCACAACUGCCCUUCCUGAGAAGGGUGGGCUUGGUCACUGGAAGGGCAGACACUACAAGGCCUGGGCAGUGACCACAGAGCAGCAGCACACAGUUUCCUGGGCCAGGGCAGGUGUCAUAGCCACUGGGGUCAACUUGAUGGGGAUGGGAGCUGGGCCAGGAAGCAAACCAAAGUCUCAGGGUGGGGCUGGGUUCCACUGUGGGGCUAGGGACAGCUCUGCCACACUUGAUGUGCAGAGGCCCCCGUGGGGCAUGCUGGCCCCUUCAGCAAUGAUGCCUUCAGGCUAUGACUGUGGUGCUCCUCUGAGGACCCCACAGCUUUGAAUUCUCCCUUGUUCAGGCAUUAGAUAAGCCUCACAUGGGUCAGAAUGAAAGGCUUUGGCUCAGACAGGGCUUCAAGGGUGUCCAGGUGGCCUCUGUAGAAUCCCUGUAGGUGGCCAGCCUUAGCUUCAGCACGUGGAAUGCAGUGCUUCUCCCCAGUAUCAGCCUUUGUCUAAGGAGAGAGCUUAUAUUAGAAAGCUGCAGUGAGCCACAGGGCUCUGUUCCUUAAGGGACAGCUUAACCCCUCUGAAGCGCCUUGCCCCAGAGCACUGCUAAGCCUUUUCACCACAUAGCCUUCUCUGUGUAGCUUGGAGUGGUGCAAGUUGGCCACAGGCUGCUGCCCCACUCUCUCGCCACCUUGCCCAAUGUUGGGUAGAAUAACUGUAGGUCCCUGGCUGCUUGAUUUUCUAUAUUGGGUCUGGGCCACACAUCAGUUUUCUGCUGUCCACUGAAGUGAUUGGCUUCUGGCUGAUGGGGGCCCUCUGUAGGCCCGCCUUCCUUUCACCCCUCAUGUCUGUUCUCUGAUCCACGCCAUCCUUCAGAGCUUCAGGACCACCCACUGAAAUGCAAGAGGGUGACACAGGUAGCCCGCUUGCACAUUAGCCAGAGUGGGUCCUCGGUUUGGUGUCUCAGCUGCUAGCAAAAGACAUUUCCGUGUUACAGUUUGCCCCUCAGAACUGUGGGAUUGAGGGAGGAUGGGGUGGGGGACAUUCCUGCUUCAGGCCAGGCAAACAAGUCUGCUUCAGGAGAGGCUACAGGGAACAAAGCAGGGACCCCAGCUUCAGCAAUAUCUGCACAUGAAGACCAUCCUGUGCACAAGACCUUCAGGGGCCUGACCAAUAGGCAGAGCUAAGGACAAGAUCCAUACUGUGCCCUGGACUUGAGUUUUCCAAGAAAAUGCCCUCAAAUUGUAAAUAUGUACAUUGUUCUCCCUGCCUAUUUUGGCAGGACAUUGCUAAUCUAUUAAAAGCAAACAUUCUGUCCUUAAGCUACCUCCAUAAAUGACAGUCCUGCAACAGUGUUUAGCUGAUGUGCAGGGCGGGUCCCUCAGGGCCUUCUGCUGGGGCACAUGUCUGGCUGCUUCCCACAAAGCAACAGGUGCCCAGGCCUGGGGCCCAGGGGUCUAGUGCAUGUGGCCAUGAGGCUGGAAAUGCUUCAGCAGAAGGGGCCCAGGACGGCCUUCAACUUGAUCUUCCAUAUAGGUGCGACUCAGUAAGAUAGGCCCCUCUUCCUGGCUUGGUCUGGGAGAUGCACCCCAACACCAGGCCUGGCCCACUGGGGCCAUGGGUGAUGCCAGACCAGGCCUGCUGGUGCUGUGGGUGGCCUUGGAAGGUAGCAAGGCAGGCAUCCCCAGGGAGACCAGAAGGGGCAGGGACCUCAACUUCACAAGCUAAGUGGGAAAGCAGGCCCAGGUGCAUGCAGCUCUGGUGGGCGUAUUGAGUGUCGCGCGUUACUCUGCCCUUAUUUCACGCAACACCUCCACAUCACCUUGAAUUUAAAGAACAGUUAAGAAAAUUUCCCAAACUUGUAAGUAGUGCAACUUUGUUGUUUUUGUGGUACUGGGGGUUAAAUGUAGGACCUGUACACUGAACUACAUCUCUACCCCGUCUUUAUUUUUUAUAUAAGACAGGGGCUCAGUUCUCCAGGUAGGGCCUGAACUUGUCAUCCUC